UAAUAUUUGAGAAAUGAAGCUCAUGCUGUUAACCUUUGAUUAAGAAUCCAAACUGAUAUCUUGUCAUAUUAAAUGGAGUUGAUUACACGUCAACUUCUUUCCAAAAAAUAAUCAGUGGUACAAUUUUAAAUGUCAAGCCGAAUCUCAAUCCCAAACUUGCUUAUUCCACAAAAAACCUCUGAUCACAUACACAAACAGAAACGAGGUUAAAAAGGAAAAGGAUGGUGGAAGUGAACACCCAUGUUGUCAUGGUGUCUAUUGGGGUGGUGAUAUUGAUAACAUGGGCAUGGAAGUUUUUGAACGACUUCUGGUUCAAACCAAAGAAGUUGGAGACAUUCAUGAGAAGUCAAGGUUUCAAAGGUAACCCUUACAGAUUCUUGCGAGGAGAUUUCAUAGAAAUGAUCCGGAUGACUCAACAAGCACAAUCCAAGCCCAUCAAACUCGAUGAUUAUGUCGUGCCUUCCAUCGCUCCCUUUCAUUAUAAGAUGGUCCAAAAGUACGGAAAGAAUUGUUUCUUUUGGUAUGGCCCUAAGUUACAUCUGAACAUAACAGAUCCAGACAUGAUAAAAGAAAUCAUGCACAAGCACAACAUUUUCCAGAGGCCUGCAUUGAGUUCAUUGUCGAAGCUAACCAUAAACGGGCUAGUCAUUAAAGAGGGUGAUGAGUGGAUGAAACACAGAAAGAUAAUCAAUCCGGCUUUCGGCGCUGAGAAGUUAAAGAACAUGAUACCAUUGAUGUAUGUGAGCUGUUUGGAGGUGGUAAAGAAAUGGGAGGAGUUGAUCCAGGAAGAAGGAUUCGGCGAAAUUGAUGUGUGGCCUGAUAUUGAGAAGUUAACGGCCGAUGUAAUUUCCAGGACAACAUUUGGAAGUAGUUAUGAAGAGGGAAAGCGCAUCUUUCAACUCCAAAAAGAACAGUUUGUACUAACUCACCAAUCCUUGUGGUCUAAUUACAUCAAAGGAUGGAGGUUUUUGGCGCCUAAAAUGAACAAGAGAUUGAAAGAAAUUAGUCGUGAAACCGAUGCAAUCAUGAGAGAUCUUAUGCUUUCAAGAGAGAAAAGAAUGGAAAACAAGGAAAAAUGUGAAGACAUGUUAGGCAUUUUGAUGGAAUCCAAUCUCCAAGAAAUUCAGAAAAAUGGUGACGAUGUGGGAUCUGGACUCUCCUCUGAGGAUGUGAUGAAAGAAUGCAAAUUAUUUUACUUUGCGGGACAAGAGACAACAUCAAAUUUGAUAUCUUGGACUAUGAUUAUGUUGGGACUCCACCUAGAUUGGCAAGAAAGAGCUCGUGAAGAGAUUACUCAAGUCCUAGGCGACAAUCAACCUAACCUCGACGCAUUGAAUCACCUGAAAAUCGUAACCUGCUUUGUUGGUUUCUUUAUAUUUGCCGGGUUGACAUCUUUGUUAUUGUUAAGGAUCAUAACAUGUGAUUAUGUUGGGUUUUGCAGUUAACAAUGAUCUUCAAUGAAGUUUUAAGAAUCUUCUCGUCUGCAUCGAGUAUAACUCGAUCAACUCGUGAGACAACAAAGUUAGGUGACAUAACUGUGCCAUCCGGAGUGAAUAUUUUGAUGGAUUUAGUGCAGAUUCAUCACGAUCCCGAAGUAUGGGGCGACGAUGCAAGAGGAUUCAAUCCAGAAAGAUUUUCCGAAGGAGCGGCAAAGGCUGCAAAGAAACCCAAUUCAUACUUUCCAUUUGGCAUGGGUCCUCGGAUUUGCAUCGGCAAGAACCUCGCAACCAAUGAAGCCAAGAUCGCAAUGGCUUUGAUUCUUCUGCAUUUCUCCUUCAAGCUUUCUCCAUCUUAUGAACAUGGACCAUUCCCCAAGUUCACCCUUCAACCUCGAUUUGGAGUCAAAGUGAUUUUGCACAAACUCGAGCACCAAUUAGCUCAUCUAAACAGUCCAAUUUGAUUUCACCAUUUCCCCGAUUUUAUGCAUCAAAUAAGUUGGGGGUUGAGCCAUUUUUAGGUUUAUGUAGUUCAAAGAGAUGAUUUAUGUGUAACUUGCAUAAAUCUGUUUCAUCUUUUUUGGUGGGCUGUCAUUCUAUUCCAGAG